AUGCUGUGAGACAUUAUAUUAUUGUUAUAUGCUUGCAUUACUUACUUAAUUAUCAUUACUUAGAUAUUCAUAAUUCGUAUACCUUGUACAUAGAAAGCAAGUGUCCAGAUGAAGAUGGUGAACUUUCAGAUCAUGACAAAUAUAAUGAGUUACAACCAUGAUAACGAUGAUGAUGAUGAUGAUGGGGAACAUGAUGAUGCUUUCUAAACAUAUUCAAAGUUGACCUUCCAUGUCACUGUCUCUUCCCCUCAGCACCUGCAGUAGGUCCCAGCUGUAGCAGUACAGUCACUGUGCAGUCUGACUGAGGGAGGUUUUUGUACGGCUCUGUAUCACUGUGUGAACACAUCUUUACCAUUGGGAUAGUGGAAACUCUGACAGUAGUAAUCUCCUGCAUCUUCAGCCUGGACUCCACUGAUGGUCAGAGUAAAGUCACUCCCAGAUCCACUGCCACUGAAUCUAGAUGGAGUCCCAGACUGAAGUGUUGUAGCAUAGUAAAUAAGGAGUUUAGGAGCUCCUCCAGAUUUCUGUUGGUACCAGGCUAAAAUGUUAUUGUUGUAAACAUUUCUGCUGGUUAUACAGUUCAGAGAGACUGUCUGUCCUGGGAGAACAGCUUUAACUGCAGGAGUCUGAGUCACAACGUACUGUCCACUGGAUUCUGAUAAAUUGACUGAAAAAAUGUCUGUGAAUGAAAUAGUAUAGUAAUUCAAAGUACUGAAUAGAAAUAUUAACUUUGAUAUACAUUUAAAUGGAGUAGAUCUAAUAAUAUUUUCAACAAUAAAUUCGGAAAAUUGUAACCUUGAAAGCAGAAAGCAAGUGUCCAGAUGAAGAUGGUGAUAAAAGUAAUGGUUGUUGUGGGUUCUGUUGUCAUGAAGGACAGCUCUCAGUCAUGAAGUCUUAAACUCACAGGGCUACAAUAUAAACACUCUCAGAGCAGCGGCGAAGAUGCAUUAUGCAAAUGAUGUUUCAAAUCUAUUUCAGUUUAGUAGGCUCCCAUCAUUAGAAUAUAUUUUGUCCUGCUUGAGCUGGCUUUUAUAAUAACAGUAAUUAUGUGGGUGCUUAUAUUUGUCUUUAUGUUUGUCAAAUAAAGUACAGAUACCCUACAAAAACUACUUAAGAAGUACUUUAAAGUAUUUUUACUGAAGUACUUUACACCCCUGCUUUGCUGAAGAUCUUACUGAAGCUGUACUUGAUGUAGUUACUUAGUUGAUGUGUUCUGUUUGUUCCAGGUAACAGUGUCCCCACCCUCACCGUCCUGUCCCCCUCUAGUGAGGAGCUGUCCAGUACAACAACAGCCACACUGACGUGUCUGGCCAACAAGGGCUUCCCCUCAGACUGGACCAUGAGCUGGAAAGUGGAUGGGAACAGCAAGAAGCAGGAGGCCAGUCCCAGGGUCCUGGAGAAGGACGGCCUGUACAGCUGGAGCAGCAUCCUGACUCUGACUGCCCAGGAGUGGACCAAGGCAGGAGAGGUGACCUGUGAAGCCCAGCAGAAAUCCCAGACUACAGUCACCAAGACCCUGAGGAGGGCUGACUGUUCUGGGUAGGACCCCUCAGUCACACACCCCUGUAGAGAGAGGCUGCUGGUUCCUCUGCUUCCUCUGAGAUCAGAUGUUCUCUGUCUUAUUGAUCACUGACAUGUAGACUAACAGAGGGCUUUGCUUGAGUUCAUGUGUCAAUCCUCUCUGUAGACUGAGGUUGUAUCAGUGUUAGAUUGGAUGUGUUCUGCUUUAUUACUAUUAGAUACUGUAGGAAUGUUUGCGUUGAUGCUUUGAAAAAUAGAUUAAAAUAAAGAUAUACUUUUGGAACAAAUAUUUUAGUUGUCUCUUUCAAUAAUUAGACUGUAGUCUUAAUUGUUGAAUGACAUAAAAAUAAAUAACUAAGCAAUGACAUUUAGGUCUGAUCGUUUUAAAAGAAACUGUGAAUCAGGCUCAUCAAACUGUAGUUCAUACUAACACAAGAUACUACAAUGUUAACAGAUUAACAGGAGAGGUCUAAAUACUACAAUGUUAACAGAUUAACAGGAGAGGUCUAGAUACUACAAUGUUAACAGAUUAAAAGGAGAUGUCAAGAUAAUACAAUGUUAACAGAUUAACAGGAGAGGUCUAGAUACUACAAUGUUAAGAGAUUAACAUUAGAGGUCUAGAUACUACAAUGUUAACAGAUUAACAGGAGAGAUCUAGAUACUACAAUGUUAACAGAUUAAAAGGAGAGGUCUAGAUACUACAAUGUUAAGAGAUUAAAAUUAGAGGUCUAGAUACUACAAUGUUAACAGAUUAACAGGAGAGGUCUAGAUACUACAAUGUUAACAGAUUAACAGGAGAUGUCUAGAUAUUACAAUGUUAACAGAUUAACAGGAGAGGUCUAGAUACUAUAAUGUUAAUAGAUUAACAGGAGAGGUCUAGAUACUACAAUGUUAACAGAUUAAAAGGAGAGGUCUAGAUACUACAAUGUUAAGAGAUUAACAUUAGAGGUCUAGAUACUACAAUGUUAACAGAUUAACAGGAGAGGUCUAGAUACUACAAUGUUAACAGAUUAAAAGGAGAGGUCUAGAUACUACAAUGUUAAGAGAUUAACAGGAGAGGUCUAGAUACUACAAUGUUAACAGAUUAAAAGGAGAGGUCUAGAUACUACAAUGUUAAGAGAUUAAAAUUAGAGGUCUAGAUACUACAAUGUUAACAGAUUAACAGGAGAGGUCUAGAUACUACAAUGUUAACAGAUUAACAGGAGAUGUCUAGAUAUUACAAUGUUAACAGAUUAACAGGAGAGGUCUAGAUACUAUAAUGUUAAUAGAUUAACAGGAGAGGUCUAGAUACUACAAUGUUAACAGAUUAAAAGGAGAGGUCUAGAUACUACAAUGUUAAGAGAUUAACAUUAGAGGUCUAGAUACUACAAUGUUAACAGAUUAACAGGAGAGGUCUAGAUACUACAAUGUUAACAGAUUAAAAGGAGAGGUCUAGAUACUACAAUGUUAAGAGAUUAAAAUUAGAGGUCUAGAUACUACAAUGUUAACAGAUUAACAGGAGAGGUCUAGAUACUACAAUGUUAACAUAUUAACAGGAGAUGUCUAGAUAUUACAAUGUUAACAGAUUAACAGGAGAGGUCUAGAUUCUACAAUGUCAACAGAUUAACAGGAGAGGUCUAGAUACUACAAUGUUAACAGAUUAACAGGAGAGGUCUAGAUAUUACAAUGUUAACAGAUUAACAGGAGAGGUCUAGAUACUACAAUGUUAACAGAUUAACAUGAGAGGUCUAUAUACUACAAUGUCAACAGAUUAAAAGGAGAGGUCUAGAUACUACAAUGUUAACAGAUUAAAAGGAGAGGUCUAGAUACUACAAUGUUAACAGAUUAACAGGAGAGGUCUAGAUACUACAAUGUUAACAGAUUAAAAGGAGAGGUCUAGAUACUACAAUGUUAAGAGAUUAACAUUAGAGGUCUUGAUACUACAAUGUUAACAGAUUAACAGGAGAGGUCUAGAUACUACAAUGUUAACAGAUUAAAAGGAGAGGUCUAGAUACUACAAUGUUAAGAGAUUAAAAUUUGAGGUCUAGAUACUACAAUGUUAGGAGAUUAAAAUUAGAGGUCUAGAUACUACAAUGUUAACAGAUUAACAGGAGAGGUCUAGAUUCUACAAUGUCAACAGAUUAACAGGAGAGGUCUAGAUACUACAAUGUUAACAGAUUAACAGGAGAGGUCUAGAUAUUACAAUGUUAACAGAAUAACAGGAGAGGUCUAGAUACUACAAUGUUAACAGAUUAACAGGAGAGUUCUAGAUUCUACAAUGUUAACAGGAUAUUUUUCACCUAGAACCAGCAACCUUUCGAUUACUGGCACAACGCUCUUAACCACUAAGCUACCUGCCGCCCCAUAGAGUAUUCUCUACCUCCAACCCCCUGGGAACAGAGUGAACAUCUUGUGACAGUGCUGCUCUAUUCUGGGACAAACAGAACCACCCAGCCCUGUUUAUGCAAAUCUCAGUUUCACUCCCACCGCUACCAGUGUAGCAGUUGAACAGUUUCACUGCCUGAAACACCCUGGACUGGGCCAGAUGUUAGGGAGUGAACUGGUUUUAACCUCUGUGGUGGAUUCAGGGAGGGAGACAUAACAGAUAUGCCAUCAUGUAAUUCAUGACAUAUAAUAUGUCUGUUUGAGCCCAUCAUCAUGUCACAUUCACAGGUCCAGCAUCAUGUCUCAUUCACAGAUGUAACAGUCAAUAACCUGCUCACCAAAAUAGUUAAUAUAAUGCAAGAUGAUCACAUCAAUAUUUGGUUGUGAGGUGCAUUAUGGGAAUUGUAUCUAGGGGGUUUGAUGCUGAUAUAACAUAACCUUCUUCUUCUUUACUUCUCUACAUCUUAUUUUGCAUAUUGGACUGGUAUUGUGGGUAUUUCAGAACUUCAAAUAACUUUUGGAGGUGCACUACAAUGAUGAUUGGGAACAUGUGAUCUGAAUACUUUCUAAACAUAUUCAAAGUUGACUUCACUAACCAGUGUUCCUUGUCACUGUCUCUUGUAUGACAGAACCUCAGGUUGUUUUAGUGGGUUAUAAUCAUGUUAAAUGAUCUUAGUAAAUAUGGUUGAAUUUUUGCUUGAAACGCACUACCUGACUGGGGGACCUUGCAGAGACUGGGAUAUUUAUUCUGAAAUCAAGUGAGACAAUAUUUCACAUAGAUGGAGUCCAUUCAACUUAUUGUCUGACAUGUUAAUAAAAGGUUAGUUUGCCAUAGCAACAGGGAAGGCAUAUUUAUGUGGUCUGACUGAACUAAAAUAUACGGAUCUAAAUAUAUCAGUGAUGCUGACUAUAAUGUCAACUUUUCCACGCUCGUGUUAAAUCAUUCCUGAACUGACAACACCCACAGGUCCAGUGUUCCAUGUCACUGUCUCUUCUCCCUCAGCACCUGCAGUAGGUCCCAGCUGUAGCAGUACAGUCACUGUGCAGUCUGACUGAGGGAGGUUUUUGUACGGCUCUGUAUCACUGUGUGAACACAUCUUUACUAUUGGGAUAGUGGAAACUCUGACAGUAGUAAUCUCCUGCAUCUUCAGCCUGGGCUGAUGUGUUUUGGUAUAGCAAAUGAGGAGUUUAGGAGCUCCUCCAAGUUUCUUUUUAUACCAGGCUACAAGCAGGAGGGGGACUACAAGCAGGAGGCUUGUGAAAUCUACAUCCUAAACUGACUCUGUCUCCAUGGUGGAAAGCUUUCAUUUCAGAAGUCUGAGUCACAGUGUAUUGUCCUCUGGAUUCUGAAACAUAGAAAAAUAAGUUAUAUGAAAUGUUAACAUUAUUCCUUUGUGUAAAUAUAUAUUGUAACCUUGAAAGCAGAAAACAGGUGUCCAGAUGAAGAUGGUGAUAAAAGUAAUGGUUGUUGUCAAAUCUCAUAUACCCAAAUACUUCUCUGCAGCUGCCACCACAACAUCCAUUCUCUGUGAUUUAUGUUCAAUUUCUGCGGUACAGUUGAUAACCAUUGCUCUGAAUGCUAAGAAGACAACCUUACUGAAGCAUAACUCACUUCUUGCCCUAUCCCUCUGUGCUAGCACAAAUCUACUACUCACUGGGAUCCUAUCAGGAUCCCUCACCCUUGACCCAUCCUCCUCCACUUCCUUCACUGCCUCAGCAUACGACACCCUCUGCACUACUCAGACUCUGGCCACUUCAACCUGCCUCUCUCGCACCGGACACUUCCGAUCUCCAGCAACAUGAGCACCCCUACAGUUGACACACACACACAACUUUAUCCACCGAAACUACACAAUCCUCUGUCCCAUGCCAUCCCGCACACUUCCCACAUCUUAGAAUCUCCCUCCUACACACUGCUGCAACAUGACCAAAAACAUUGCACCUGAAACAGCGCAGUGGAUUCUGCACAAAUGCUCUAACAGGAUAACUAAUAUAUCCUAACAUGACUUUGUUUGGCUCAAAACUCAAAAGGACUGACAAUGACUCACCACUCUCCCCACCGGACCUGUGUCGCACCAUACGGCGGGCGUCACAAACACCAGACAUUUUUAACUUCAAUCGCUACAUCCACACUUAAUGCUACCCCAGAAAUCCCCCCUUUCAAUGGUGCCCUGUUCCAAAGCAAGAAACAGAUCUUGACCCAAGUUACGUGACACGGAGCGCCCUCUCCCUCUCAUCCUGGUUAACUUCAUUGAUUUAACUACCUCCAACUCCUUUCUCACCCACCCUGAAACCACAAAUGGAUCUGCCAAAAGACAAGGGUCCACCUUCUCCAAAAUGUCACUACUAUUGGUCAAGAUUCUUCUUUAUCAUGUCUGACACCAUUCUUCUUCAACACACAUCUUCCCACUACACUCGGCUCUUCUCCUUCUUCCUUGCUGUCCACAAUCACAUCUGUCCGUUCACCACGCUCUUGUCGCACCUUCAUCAGCUACAUUGCUUGCAGAGCAUGCACUGAUGGCACUUCUCCAAAACCAACUUCUGUUCCUUAGCCCAUUUUACAAGUCUGACUAUCUCUGACCUCUCCAUGCUUCCUUCACCUCUCACAACCUUCAUUUGUAGAAGAGGUUUGUGUGAGCAGCAGCAUUGUCCAGCCAAUCAUGGUCUUAAUUGGUUAAAAAGCCUCAGCUGGGUUAAAUUAAAGAAUGGGAAGGUGCUGAAAAGGUGUGGCAGGAGAGACGUUUUGCCUUGACAGAACCACAGGACAUUUUAGGGGGUUAUAAUCAUGUUACAUAAUCUCAAUAAAUAUUGUUUAAUAUUUGCUUUAAUUUCACUACCUGACUGAGGGACCUUACAGAAGCUGGGUUAUUUAUUCUGAAAUGAUGUGAGACAUUACUAUUGCACAUAGAUGGAGUCCAUUCAACUUAUUGUGUGAUAUGUUACAAAAAAGUUUGUUUGCCAUAGCAACAGGGGAGGAAUAUGUAUGUAGUCUGGACCUAUGGGUGUUGUCACUUAAGGAAUGCUUUGACAUGAGAGGGGAUGAGUUGACAUAUUGUCAGCAUCACUGAUGUAUGUGUCUCCUGACGGGAGAGGUUGUGUUUUCUCUAGCAGGAGAGGUAAGCUUGGCUUCGUUUAUGGUGUUGAGUUAAGCUUAAACCAUGUAUUUAGUUUGUAGGUAGGUAUUGUAGUUUGGUAUUAUAGGUAGCUUACUCCGGUAGUUAUUGUAGGUUAUUAUUGUAGGUAAUUAUUGUAGGUAAGGAUUUUAUUCGGCGGAGCCCAGGCGAAGCAUGAGGCUAGCUUACCCACUACCUGGACCAACAAAGCUAGCUAGCUAGAGGGUAGCUACCGGUAACUUUUAGCAACUGUGGGUAACUUUUAGCAACUGUGGUUAGCUGUUUCCAAUGUUAUUUCACGCUUAAGAGUACCUGUAAUUGAGCCAGCUAGCUGCCACCUUCAGCUGUUUUUUCUAACCUCAUUAUCAUUAACGUUAGGUGGUCGGUAGCUGCUGUACCUAAUUUCGGCUACUGAUUGCAGUCUGCCAGUUUGGCUUUAUACAUAGCUUGGGCUUUGUCGACUAAGGCUUAAACUAUGUAUUUAGAUUGUAGUUAGGUACUAUAGGUAGGCAUCGUGGGCUGUAUAUUAUUAAGUAGUAUAGGUAGGCAUCGUGGGCUGUUGCGGGUAGCUGUUGUGUGUAAUUAUUGUAGGUUACUUUUGUAUUCGGCGGUGCCGGAUGUAGCACGAAGCUAGCUAACUAACUCACCUCCUGGAUUAGCUGGCGAGUAGCUAUUAGCAACGGUAGCAACUAAAAACAAUAUCCUUUUAGCCAGCUACAUUCGCUCACAGCGACGCCGUUUUUCAAACAAAGUCAACACAGUAGCCAUUGCUAGCUAGCCAACACUACCAGCAGGCUGUGGUAACUAAAUACAAUGUCUUUGUGCUAGCUACCCAACGUUUAAUCAUUGCUGCGUUAUGAAAGGUAAGCUUGGCUUCUUAUAUGGUGUUGAGUUAAGCUUAAACCAUGUAUUUAGAUUGUAGGUAGGUAUUGUAGUUUGGUAUUAUAGGUAGCUUACUCCGGUGGUUAUUGUAGGUUAUUACUGUAGGUAAUUAUUGUAGGUAAGGAUUUUAUUCGGCGGAGCCCAGGCGAAGCACGAGGCUAGCUUACCCACUACCUGGACCAACAAAGCUAGCUAGCUAGAGGGUAGCUACCGGAAACUUUUAGCAACUGUGGGUAACUUUUAGCAACUGUGCUUAGCUGUUUCCAAUGUUAUUUCAUGCUUGAGAGUACCUGUGAUUGAGCCAGCUAGCUGCUACCAUUCAGCUGUUUUUCUAACCUCAUCCGAGGCAUUAACGUUAGGUGGUUGGUAGCUGCUGUACUUAAUUACAGCUACUGAUAACAGUCUACUGUAGCUUACAACAAUUCUAAUUUCUAAAGUGGAAGUUGGGAGAGUUUUAUUCGGGUGGUUCAGUGAAACAACUAUAGUUUCUGAGGUGGAAGUUGGGAGAGUUAUAUAUUUAUUUAUUUUUUGGUGAGGGAGGCCUGCUCUCUCCUUUCCCUGAUGUUCAGUUCAUUUCAUCCCGAUCUCCUCUGCAUUAUUGUAGCCAUCUGUUGCAGCCUGUCAACUAUGCCUCUGCCUAUCCCUGUUCUCUCCUCUCCGCACAGGCUACACAAACGCCCCACAACGCGUGGCUGCUGCCUCUCUAACCUGGUGGUCCCUGCACGCACCCCACACCUGGAGUUCCAGGUCUCAGGCAGCCUCUGGAACUGCCGUUCUGCUGCCAACAAAGCUGACUUCAUCCCAGCCUAUGCUAAUCUCCAGUCCCUCGACUUCCUGGCACUGACGGAAACAUGGAUUACCACUGAAAACACUGCUACUCCUACUGCUCUCUCCUCAUCUGACCAUGUGUUCUCGCAUACCCCGAGAGCAUCUGGUCAGAGGGGUGGUGGCACAGGAAUCCUCAUCUCUCCCAAGUGGACAUUCUCAAUUUUUCCCCUAACCCAUCUGUCUAUCUCCUCAUUUGAAUUCCAUGCUGUCACAGUCACUAGCCCAUUUAAGCUUAAUAUCCUUGUCAUCUAUCGCCCUCCAGGUUCCCUUGGAGAGUUCAUCAAUGAGCUUGACGCCUUGAUAAGUUCCUUUCCUGAGGAUGGCUCACCCCUCACAGUUUUGGGGGAUUUCAACCUCCCUAUGUCCACAUUUGACUCAUUUCUCUCUGCCUCCUUCUUUCCACUUCUCUCCUCUUUUGACCUCACCCUCUCACCGUCCCCCCCUACUCACAAGGCAGGCAAUACGCUUGACCUCAUCUUUACUAGAUGCUGCUCUUCUACUAAUCUCACUGCAACUCCCCUCCAUGUCUCCGACCACUACUUUGUUUCCUUUUCUCUCUCGCUCUCCUCCCACACUACUCACUCUGCCCCUACACAGAUGGUAAUGCGCCGCCGCAACCUUCGCUCUCUCUCUCCCACUACUCUCUCCUCUUCCAACCUAUCAUCUCUUCCCUCUGCUCAAACCUUCUCCCUCCAAUCUCCUGAUUCUGCCUCCUCAACCCUCCUCUCCUCCCUUUCUGCAUCCUUUGACUCUCUGUGUCCCCUAUCCUCCCGGCCGGCUCGGUCCUCCCCUCCAGCUCCGUGGCUUGAUGACUCAUUGCGAGCUCACAGAACAGAGCUCCGGGCAGCGGAGCGGAAAUGGAAGAAAACUAAACUCCCUGCCGACCUGGCAUCUUUUCACUCCCUCCUCUCUACAUUUUCUUCAUCUGUUUCUGCUGCUAAGGCCACUUUCUACCACUCUAAAUUCCAAGCAUCUGCCUCUAACCCUAGGAAGCUCUUUGCCACAUUUUCCUCCCUCCUGAAUCCCCCCCCCCCGCCCCCCCCCUCCUCUCUCUCUGUGGAUGACUUCGUCAACCACUUUGAAAAGAAGGUUGACGACAUUCGAUCCUCGUUUGUUAAGUCUAAUGACACUGCUGGUCCUACUCACACUGCCCUACCCUAUGCUUUGACUUCUUUCUCCCCUCUCUCUCCAGAUAAAAUCCUGCGACUUGUGACUGCAGGCCGCCCAACAACCUGCCCGCUUGACCCCAUCCCCUCCUCUCUUCUCCAGACCAUCUCCGGUGACCUUCUCCCCUACCUCACCUCGCUGAUCAACUCAUCCUUGACCGCUGGCCAUGUCCCUUCCGUCUUCAAGAGAGCGAGAGUUGCUCCCCUUCUCAAGAAACCAACACUCGAUCCCACUGAUGUCAACAACUACAGACCAGUAUCCCUUCUUUCUUUUCUUUCCAAAACUAUUGAGCGUGCCGUCUUUAGCCAACUCUCUUGCUAUCUCUCUCAGAAUGACCUUCUUGAUCCAAACCAGUCAGGUUUCAGGACUGGUCAUUCAACUGAGACUGCUCUUCUCUGUGUCACGGAGGCUCUCCGCACUGCUAAAGCUAACUCUCUCUCCUCUGCUCUUGUCCUUCUAGACCUGUCUGCUGCCUUUGAUACUGUGAACCAUCAGAUCCUCCUCUCCACCCUCUCCGAGCUGGGCAUCUCCGGCGCGGCUCACUCCUGGAUUGCGUCCUACCUGACCGGUCGCUCCUACCAAGUGGCGUGGCGAGAAGCUGUCUCCGCACCACGUGCUCUUAACACUGGUGUCCCCCAGGGCUCAGUUCUAGGCCCUCUCCUUUUCUCCCUAUACACCAAGUCACUUGGCUCUGUCAUAUCCUCACACGGCCUCUCCUAUCAUUGCUACGCUGACGAUACACAACUAAUCUUCUCCUUUCCCCCUUCUGAUAACCAGGUGGCGAAUCGCAUCUCUGCAUGUCUGGCAGACAUAUCAGUAUGGAUGACGGAUCACCACCUCAAGCUGAACCCUGGCAAGACGGAGCUGCUCUUCCUCCCGGGGAAGGACUGCCCGUUCCAUGAUCUCGCCAUCACGGUUGACAACUCCGCUGUGUCCUCCUCCCAGAGUGCGAAGAGCCUAGGCGUGACCCUGGACAACACCCUGUCGUUCUCCGCCAACAUCAAGGCGGUGACCCGCUCCUGCAGGUUCAUGCUCUACAACAUUCGGAGAGUACGACCCUGCCUUACACAGGAAGCGGCACAGGUCCUAAUCCAGGCACUUGUCAUCUCCCGUCUGGACUACUGCAACUCGCUGUUGGCUGGCCUCCCUGCCUGUGCCAUUAAACCCCUACAACUCAUCCAGAAUGCCGCAGCCCGUCUGGUGUUCAACCUUCCCAAGUUCUCUCACGUCACCCCCCUCCUCCGCACACUCCACUGGCUUCCAGUUGAAGCUCGCAUCCGCUACAAGACCAUGGUGCUUGCCUAUGGAGCAGUGAGGGGAACGGCACCUCUGUACCUUCGGGCUCUGAUCAGUCCCUACACCCAAACGAGGGCAUUGCGUUCAUCCACCUCUGGCCUGCUGGCUCCCCUUCCUCUGCGGAAGCAUAGUUCCCGCUCAGCCCAGUCAAAACUGUUCGCUGCUCUGGCACCCCAAUGGUGGAACAAGCUCCCUCACGACGCCAGGACAGCGGAGUCACUCACCACCUUCCGGAGGCAUUUGAAACCCCACCUCUUUAAGGAAUACCUGGGAUAGGAUAAAGUAAUCCUUCUACCCCCCCCCCCCCCCCCCCCCCCCAAAAAUUGUAAAGUGGUUAUCCCACUGGCUAUAGGGUGAACGCACCAAUUGGUGAGUCGCUCUGGAUAAGAGCGUCUGCUAAAUGACGUAAAUGUGCCCUUGAGCAAGGCACUUAACCCUAAUUGCUCCUGUAAGUCGCUCUGGAUAAGAGCGUCUGCUAAAUGACUAAAAUGUAAUAAUGUAAAUGAUAUAUUUAGCUCAGUGUUUUAUAUUUCUGCAGGAUCGUCCAUGACGAUACCAGUGAUUUGGCCGCCUUCCGGAGAAGUCACUGUAGUGUCUAGAAGCCAUUGUAGGGGUCUAGAGAGUCCACACAUGGUGCUAGUGAAGGAAACAUGAGUGAUUUACAGCUGAAUGUUAGUAUAAUAGUGAAUAAUAUCAGUAGUGUUGUGUGCUAAAUGAACUAUUUUGAGAUUAAGUUGUGCAUGCCUUCUUACCUCUGAGUUGAAAUAAAUAUUGUUUUGACAGUGCUACUCUAAUCUGGGACAAGCAGAACCACCCAGCCCUGUCUAUAUAAAUCACAGUUUCACUCCCACAGCUACCAGUCUAGCAGUUGAACAGUUCCACUGCCUGAAAUACCCUGGACUGGGCCAGGUGUGAGGGAGUGGACUGGUUUGAACCUUUAUAGUGGAUUCAGAGAGGGACACACAAUAGAUAUGCCAUCAUGUAAUUAAUGACAUAUAAAAUUGAUAUUAUACUUUUUGAUAAUACUGUAUAGUGUAUGUCUCUACAUAAAUGUGUCUAAUGUUCGAGCCCAGCAUCAUGUCUCAUUCACAGAUGUAACAGUCAGUAACCUGAUCACCAAAACAGUUAAUAUAAUGCUAGAUGAUCACAUCAAUAUUUGGUUGUGAGGUACAUAUGGGGAUUUGAUUUAGGGAGGCUGAAGCUGAUGUAACACCACCUUUAUUUAUUUUUUACUUCUGUAUAUCUGACUCUGCAUAGGGACAGGUAUUGUGUGUUUUAAAAACUUCAUUUAACUUUUAUAAGUUGUAAGUUGACCUUACUGAUCAGUGUUCCAUGUCACUGUUUCUUCCCCCUCAGCACCUGCAGUAGGUCCCAGCUGUAGCAGUACAGUCACUGUGCAGUCUGACUGAGGGAGGUUUUUGUACGGCUCUGUAUCAUUGUGUGAACACAUCUUUACUAUUGGGAUAGUGGAAACUCUGACAGUAGUAAUCUCCUGCAUCUUCAGCCUGGACUCCACUGAUGGUCAGAGUGAAGUCACUCCAAGUUCCACUACCACUGAAUCUAGAUGGAGUCCCAGACUGAAGAGUUUUAGCCCAGUAUAUUAGGAGUUUAGGAGCUCCUCCAGGUUUCUGUUGAUACCAGGCUAGAUAGUUAUUAGAAUACACAUUACUGCUGGUUUUACAGUUCAGAGAGACUGUCUGUCCUGGGAGAACAGCUUUAACUGCAGGAGUCUGAGUCACAGUGUACUGUCCUCUAGAUUCUGAAAAAUAGAAUAAAAAGAAUCAUUGUACAUCACCAGGAAUGAAUAACACAUUCUUAACAACCUUCAGUUCACUCAAAUUGUUUACUUUUCAGGAUACAAACAUGGAACUUAAUUUUCUUUACCCUUGAAGCAGAAAGCAAGUGUCCAGAUGAAGAUGGUGGUAAAAGUCAUGGUUGUUGUGGAUUCUGUUGUCAUGAAGGACAGCUCUCAGUCAUGAAGUGUUAAACUCACAGGGAUAUAAACACUCUCAGACCACUGAAGCAUGUGCUGUCUAUGCAGAGCUUCAUCACUAUGCAAAUAGUAUUUUGGUCUUCUCCCCAUCCACCAUUAUUCAGUAAACUUAGACCACUAAGUAUCCAUCAGAUUAGACCUGAGAGUCCAUUACAAUCUGAUGAUCUUACUCCCACAAUUGUAACCUAAUAGUCAUAAUCCAUGAUAAUAUGUAAAUAAUUAAGUGAAUAAAAAGGGUAUGAAUAGAAUGAGUAUUAUUGUUUUAAAGGCUAUCACAUAUGAUCACUAUCAAUGUCGUUUAGCAAGACAAUACCAUAAUGAAUACUGGAGAAAAUAUAAAGAAAAAACACAUAUUAAUGUAACUAAAGAACAUAUAUAACUUUGUCUGUUGAUUAGUGUUCAUGGUAAUGAGGGCGGCAGGUAGCCUAGCGGUUAAGAGCGUUGGGCUGGUAACCAAAAAGUUGCUGGUUUGAAUCUCCGAGCAGACUAGGUGAAAUAAUAUUUUCAAUGUGCUCUUGAGCAAGGCAUUUAACCCUAAUUGCUCCAGGGUUGCCCUCUCUAAUUGGCAGAUCCAUGGCUGUGAGUACCAGAUGCAAAAAAACAAAUGUCCAAUUCACCUGUGUAUCAUACACACUUCUACAUGUGUGAAAUAAGACAAAUGCAAGCACCCAUCUAAUUAUUUAAUAUGAUAUAGUAAGAUAUUCAUAUCUAUGGAAAAGAGGAAUACCAGUCAGUUUCCACCCCCCCCCCCCCCCCCCCCCCCAAGUGAUCAUUGGUAAUUGGUCGCCCACCGCAGGGAGAGUACUGUGUGCUGUGGACUGAAUAUUGGACUACUGGACUAUUGGACUACUGGACUGACACUGAGAGAAGAGGGGUUCCACUAUGCAGGACUGCUACUCUGUUCCUGACUGAGUUCAGCUCCUUCCUGUCCUGUUUCUCUGACCAGACACACUGGGACUCUGUAG